ACAUGCCAGUUGUGAAAAGUUACUACUGGAGAGUAUCAACACAAAAAGCUUAGAGAAGAAGCUGGAGAUGCAUGCAGAAAGAGAGAAAAUCCAAGACAAAGACACCCAAGAAAGAGGUAGCUCCAACCACUUUCAUGGGAAAACAAGAAGGAGACGAACUGUAUACAGCCAAGCCCACCUUGAUCUCCUGCUUAGCACAUUUGAUACAGACCCAUAUCCUGGAAUCGCAGUGAGAGAAAGACUGUCACAACUAACUGGUGUACAUGAAUCAAGAAUACAGGUCUGGUUCCAAAAUAGAAGAGCCAGGAAGAAAAGUGUGCACGAAAGAGAGAAUGUACAAAACACAAAUGAAUGGCAACAAUACAAUCAUAUUUCUAAAACUAACAAGUCAUCACAGGCUGAAUGGAUUUCCAAAAACAAUGGACAUUAUAAAAACCAGGAAUUCGGAUUUGGAAAUCGCUCUGUUAACUCGUACCCUUAUACCAAUUCUUCCAAAUCCAGUGCGCUGAGAUUUCCCCUUCCAUUUCAGUGGCCAAAACCAAUGCAGGCAUCAUUCAACCAUCUGGCCUCGGUAUACCCACCAAGAAUAUCUGAUAGCAGAACACAGCAACAUCAAGUGUUUAUCAGGCAAAUAUCUACCAGCCACCUUACACCUGCUAUCAGUAUUCUCCAUUCUAAAGAUUGUGUUAGUCAACCAGAGUCUGUUUCUUAUGGCACAAUGCAAGAAUGGUCCUUGGAACAGAUGUUGGAAGAAUUCCAGCCUUGUUGGACAAAUGUGGCAGAUAAUUUUAUUGAUAAUAUAAACAAAGUCUGCCAUUCAGUGCAUUAAGGAAGAGGGCAGUUAUAAUUUUUUACCAAGAGCUUAUUCUAACAAUGUUAGUUUUAGUACAAUUACAGAAGUUGUGUAAUAUUAGCACAAACAUUUCUGCAGGUUUAAUCAGCUGUAGCAUUUACUGUUACCUGUUUAAAUACAAACAUAUUGUUAGUUGUUAUGGGUUACUGCACCUGUGCAAACUUUGUGACUUUUAUUAUAUAUGGGGGAUAUGUGUUUUAUAACUCAUGUUGAAAAGGGCCAGAGAUCAUUGUGGGAAAAAGGAUGACUGUAAUUACUAUAAAGGACUGAGCAAACUGCAAGUGUGAUUGUUUAGUAACUGCAAUGGAUUGCAAAUGUGUUUAAUGAAACCCUUUGAAAUCCUAUUACUUGCACCAAAACACGGCAGUCUAUAAAGCAAGUACAUCAUCUAACAAUAAUCAGUCUCAUUUUACUACAUAUCUGUAGUUCUGACCAUAUGUGAUGCUGCAGAAUAUUGUGUAUUUUAUAAAUAAAGAUAUUUUUACAUUAAUUUCUUG